AUGCAUGAAGCUUGUAAAAAUCACUUUUCAGAUCAGUGGCACAGAGCAUGUGUAAUCGCUGCCAAGAAUUUUCUAGAAAAUGAACCUGUAAAUGUUAGACUAGUUUCUGAGCACAAGAAAGUAAUGGGAGAAAAUCAAAACGUAAUAGCGUCAAUAAUUUCCAAAAUCUCAUUUUGUGGAACCCAUGACCUCUCUCUAAGGGCUAAGACGAAACAGGAAGGGAAUAAUCAGGAUCUGAUUAGUCUAAAAAUUGAAGCAGGAGAUAAAAGUUUGCAAAGACAUUUCGAAAAGGGUAGUAACAAUGCUACUUACAAGUCACCUCAAAUCCAAAACGAAUUGAUCAAUUUGUGUGAAUUGGUGGUGAAAGCCACUACAGUACGAGGUUCAAGAAAAGAUUCUGCUUACAGCAUAAUGGCAGACAAAACAAGUGAUAUAUCUGGGAAGGAACAAUUAAUUGGCAUUCGAAUUUUUGAUGAAGAAAGGAUGGCUGCCCAGGAAGAAUUCCUAGGAUUUAUUGAACUAAAUUCAAUAGAUUGCUCGUACUGUAGCACAUGA